CACAGUCCACACAAUCCAGAGCAGAGCAAGAAAAGAACCGCUACUAUGGCGAGCCUUCUCAAGAAGUUUGUAGACGCUGUGCAGUGGAACGCUGAGGACGUCGCCGGCCGGCUGGGCAUAGUGCUGCAUGCCGCCUUCCUCUUCGCCGGCUUCCAGCCCUACGGCAGGCAGCCACGAUCGGGGCACCUCCGCAAGGAGCAAUCGCGCAAGACGGGAGGCUCGGCGUGCCUCUGCCGAAUGUACACAGCGCCGGAUCUUGCGCAGCGCGAGGGCGCAGACGCUGCCGUGCUGCUGUUGUGUGUGCAGGGAAAUGACGUGGCUCUCCUCGUGUUCGCCACCAGCGACGGCGACGGCAACGACACGCCGGAGAACGCCUACCUGGAACGUCUGGAUCUCAAGAUCGUGAGGCCGCUCCUCUCCCGCAGCCUCGGUGGCGUGGAGCCAUGGGCGUCGCGGAUCUGUAAGUCGCUCGCCGACGGCCUGUGCUGGUGCUUCCUCGACAAGCUGUGCCGCAGGAACGGUCUGGCGCUGAGCGGCUUCUCGUCCCUGCACGACGACCUCAGGGCUGUGGUCUUGGAAAAGCUCACCGACGGCAAGGACCUCGCGAGGGUGGAGUGCGUUAGCUCCCAGCUGAGGCUGCUCGUGGCGGAGCGCGGCCAGGAGCUGUGGAGGACCCUGUACAAGGCCCUGCCUUCGUGGCAGUGCCUGCCGUCGAGGUACAGGUACCUCCCAAAAUCCGAGAGCCCCGACGCGGAGGCGGAGACUCUCAAUAUUGCAUCGAUCUGGAAGCACAAGUACGCGCAGGCCAGGCGGCGUCCCGAUCCUACCUUCAGGAAUCUCUUGUGGCACUUCGAUUUUGAUGAUGAUUACAUCCAAUUAUUUUGUCAUGUCCGUCCGUCCAUUGGUUACUGUUUCGUCCAAGAUCCGUCGGAGGAGAAGAGGAUUCCUCCUAGGGUCGACAGAAGCGGCGGCGGCCACCGCCGGAGGCUGCCACGGGACGACCGCAAGGAGUGGCAUGGUGGCGGCGCGAUCCACUCGCCGUCGUCACGCUAUCGGUGGAAACAUCGCUAGCUUGAUCUCAUCAUGCGCUGCUGAUAUAAAUACUAUGCUUCAUGAUGUGCUGCGUUAUAAAUUUUAUCUUAUAAAUUUUAG